AUGGUUCCAAUCCGAAAUCGAUUUAUAAUCUCGGGUGGUUCCCUAUUAAGUGCGUCUAUGGCUGACGAUGAUGUAGUAAUCAAACGUGGCGGCGGCUAUAUUGGUGCAUUCGGUACUCGUAUUGACACUAUUGCCAACGAGGCUGCUGCUGCUGCUGGUAUUACCACUGUACCUUCGUCACCUUAUCAUGUAACUCUUGUCACUAAAGACGAAAUACGUCAAUUGUCGACAGAUUCAUCGAACAAAUUAUCUGAUUUGUACGAGAAUGCGACAAAAAUUGAUACAAAACAUCUUAUUUCACUCGGUAUUGGUGGUGAUCCGAAGAGUGUUUGUUGGGUAAUUAUCAUUUGGAAUGCUGGAAAUCUUUUUCGAAAAAAACACGGUUUACUUAUCAAACAUUUUCACAUAACUCUUAGUACAACUGAUGAUCAUUCACUUGACAAAAGUAUUUAUUCAUUACAUGGAUCAUUUCUUAUCGAUAAUUUUGACUUGAACGCUAUUGAUCAUCUUGUUCUGUCUUACAAUCUUGCCGAUCAGUUCGAUCAAGCUAAUUUGUAUGCUCGAGAAAUGUGUAUUCGUUUUCCAAAUUCCGAAAAAGGUUGGCUUCGCUUAGGUGAUAUCGCACGACGAAAUGAACAAUACAAACUUGCUAUACUUGCUAAUGCACGAGCAAUGCAUCUUGCCGAUGGACAAGGUAGUGGAAAAAUUCGAGAUUAUUGUUGUCGACGAAUGCUUGCUUGUGGUGCCAAUUAUACCGAAUGGGGAUGUCUCUUUGCCGAAAAUGAAUUAGAUCAGAUUCCAGACGAGUUGAAAGGGAAUCUCAUUAUGCCAUGGACACAAACAAUUCGAGAAUAUUUUAUUAAUAUCUAUUCGAAUGAACAACCACAGUUUAGCCAAAAUCCACGAGAACAUUUUAUUAUGCCUUUUGAUAACUCGCGACAACUGGAUCAAAGGCUAGUAAUGUCGACUCCUCGCCAUGAACGUGAUAUCGAUGCUCUUGCUUCUGCUCAUCUUGGCAUUCGACAUGUAGUGACAUUGACUGAAGAAGGACCGUUGCCUGAAGAAUGGUUCGUGAAUAAAACGGUUUCGCAUACUCAUCUACCCAUGGACAAUUAUCGAGCGCCGACUAUCGAACAAGUUGAUCUAUUUCUUCGAUUAAUGAAUGAUUCGUCGAAGACACCUUUACUGAUUCAUUGUGGUGGCGGAAAAGGUCGAGCAGGUACAAUGAUCGCCUGUUAUCUAGCGGUUUACGGAUUUCAAUCACCAUCAGCCCAAGAAUGGAGUCAACCGGUUAUGUCAGCUGAUGAAGCUAUCGUUAAACUGAGACAUUUGAGACCGGGAAGCGUUGAAACAGAAGAGCAAGAACGAUUCAUACAUACAUUUGUCAGUGCCGUAUGGAAGCGACGUUCGGCUGUACCUCCUCUACCAGUUGAGCCUGAGGGAAUUCCACUUGAAAUCGAGGGACAAUUAGACGGUAAUAUUGAUUUGAUAAUGCUUUGCGGCUUGCCUGGUUCAGGAAAAUCAUACGUAGCUCAAAUGUUGACCGUAAGAGACAAUCAGUGGACGGUCGUCUCACAAGAUGAAGCGAGAUCACGUGACACCUGCGAACGUCAGUUGAGUCGACCUGGAAAGUACUCAAAAUCAAUUUUGGAUCGUUGCAAUCCAGAUCGACAGGAUCGAAAGCAGUGGCUUGCCCUUGCACAUUGGGCACGAAAACCUAUCUGUGUCUAUUUUGACUAUAAUUCCGAACUGUGUGUAUCUCGAGCACAACAACGUGCAGCCCAUCCGACUCUUAUGCCUGGUCAGCGAGUACGAACGGCAGUCUCAGCUAUGGCGGAACAAAUGGAAAGACCAACACUCGAGGAAGGAUUUGUUGCUGUAUGCACCGUACGGUCGUUCGACGCAGUGACCGAGUUGAUUAGACGAUUGACUCCACUAGGGAUUCAAAAAUUCUUGCGCACUGGUCAUCUCAUCAAUUUAGGUGCUGCAACUUCGGACGAUUUUCUUGUACCACUUGGUGAUUCCACUCAUUCUCCGUAUGUUGUCAUCACUGAAAAGGUCGAUGGUGCUAAUAUGGGUUUCUCGCUUUCAGCUGAUCGACAACUACUCGUACAAAAUCGUUCGCAUUACAUAACAUCGACAACACAUGCACAGUUUCGUCCACUUCAUGUUUGGAUCGAGGUACAUCGUGAGAGUCUUUAUAGUAUAUUGGAUCGCGAUCCUUCAUUUCCUGAACGAUUUAUUCUCUAUGGCGAAUGGCUCGUAGCUACGCAUUCGAUUCCCUACACUCGGCUACCCAAUCAAUUUCUUGCGUUCGAUUUAUUCGACCGUCGAAUGCAAUCGUGGGCAGAUCGAGAUGCGCUUGAACGCUUACUAGAAGGAACAAACAUCUCUUUGGUACCAGUUAUAUAUCGCGGGCCGAGACCGACAGAGAAUGUACUGAAGGAGAUGGUGCAGCAUCCAUCUCAAUUCUACAAUGGACCUAUCGAAGGUAUAUAUGUCAAGGAGGAACAAGGCGGACAAGUGGUCAAUCGCGGUAAAAUAGUGCGAAGCGAUUUCACAGCUGGCAUAACUGAACAUUGGGAUAAGGGUCCAUUGAGAAAGAACGGAUUUCUAUUGACUAAUGACGAGGUUGAAUGA